GGCGCUGCGGGCGGUGGCGCGGGGCUGGCGGGGGGCGCUGCCGGAGGCAGAUCCCGCCCGUCCGUCCGUCCGUCAGUGCGGCGGGCGGGGGUCGCGGGGCGGUGUCAGCGCGGGUUCGAGACCCGGCCAUGGCGGCGGCGGCCGCUCGGUGGCCCUGGGCCCUGCUGUGCCUGGCGGCGGCCCCGCUAUUCUGCCCCGCGGCGGCCGGCUUGUCUUGUUGUUACCGUGCAAAGGACAAUUUAAUGUGCCGUGAUGUCUGUGAACAGAUUUUGUCUUCUAAGAGUGACUCCCGUUUGAAGCACUUACUGCAGCGAGCACCUGAGUAUUGCCCAGAAUCAAUGAGAGAAGUGUGGGGUUGUAUAAAUUCUUCUUUGCCAGGAGUUUUGAAGAAGUCUGACGGGUGGGUUGGUUUAGGUUGCUGUGAGCUGGCUAUUGCUGUGGAGUGUCGGCAAGCAUGUAAGCAGGCUUCUGCAAAAAAUGAUGUUUUAAAGGUCUGCAGGAAAGAAUACGAGAAUGCUCUCUUUAGUUGUAUUAACAGAAAUGAAAUGGGGUCAGUCUGUUGCAGUUAUGCAGGUCACCAUACAAACUGCCGGGAAUAUUGCCAAGCAAUUUUUCGGACAGACUCCUCUCCCGGUCCAUCACAAAUUAAAGCAGUUGAAAAUUACUGUGCAUCUAUCAGCCCUCAGCUUAUACACUGCGUGCAUAACUACACACAGUCAUAUCCAAUGAGGAACCCUACAGACAGUUUGUAUUGCUGUGAUAGAGCAGAAGACUAUGCGUGUCAGACUGCUUGUAAAAGAAUUCUAAUGUCAAUGAAAACAGAGCUUGAAAUUGUUGAUGGACUUAUAGAAGGCUGCAAAACCAUGCCUCUCCCUCAGGACCCACUUUGGCAAUGUUUUCUUGAGAGUUCAAGAUCUGUUCACCCAGGAGUCACUGUGCACCCCCCACCUUCAACAGGCCUCGAUGGAGCUAAGCUCCAUUGCUGUUCUAAAGCAAAUUCUUCCACAUGUAGAGAGCUCUGCACUAAACUUUAUAGCACGAGCUGGGGCAAUUCACAGAGCUGGCAAGAAUUUGAUCGUUUUUGUGAGUAUAAUGCAGUUGAAGUUUCCAUGUUGACCUGUUUAGCAGAUGUUCGAGAACCUUGUCAGCUGGGCUGUAGAAAUCUUACUUACUGCACUAAUUUUAAUAACAGACCAACAGAACUUUUUAGAAGCUGCAAUACUCAGUCAGACCAGGGAGCCAUGAAUGACAUGAAGCUAUGGGAAAAAGGGAGUAUUAAGAUGCCAUUCAUAAAUAUUCCUGUGCUUGAUAUUAAAAAAUGCCAACCAGAAAUGUGGAAGGCAAUUGCCUGCUCCCUGCAGAUUAAACCUUGUCACAGCAAAUCUAGAGGAAGUAUUAUCUGCAAAUCAGAUUGUGUGGAAAUACUGAAGAAGUGUGGAGAUCAUAAUAGAUUCCCUGAAGGCCACUCAGCUGAGAGCAUUUGUGAACUCUUGUCUCCAACAGAUGACUUGGAGAAUUGUAUACCUUUGGAUACUUACCUGAGCCCAAGUUCUUUAGGCAACAUUGUAGAAGAUGUCACACAUCCAUGUAAUCCAAACCCAUGUGCAGCUAAUCAACUGUGUGAAGUAAAUCGAAAAGGAUGUCAAUCUGGAGAGCUGUGUCUUCCAUAUUUGUGUGUGCCAGGCUGCAAACUGGGAGAAGCCUCCGACUUUAUUGUCCGACAAGGUACGCUUAUCCAAGUUCCAUCCUCAGCUGGUGAUGUUGGGUGUUACAAGAUUUGUACCUGUGGACAGAGUGGAUUGCUGGAGAACUGUAUGGAAAUGCGCUGUGUUGACCUCCAGAAGUCAUGCAUUGUUGGAGGACAAAGGAAAAGCCAUGGAACAUCCUUUCAUAUAGAUUGCAAUGUCUGUUCCUGUUUCGCUGGAAACUUGAUUUGUUCUACACGUCAGUGUCUAACUGAGCACAGCUCAGAGGAUGAACGUCGGAAGUUUACAGGUUUGCCCUGUAACUGUGUGGACCAGUUUGUCCCAGUCUGUGGCCAGAAUGGGCGCACGUAUCCCAGCGCAUGCAUAGCUCGCUGCGUUGGGCUCCAGGACAACCAGUUUGAAUUUGGAUCGUGUAUUUCCAAGGAUCCUUGCAACCCAAACCCUUGUAAUAAAAAUCAAAGGUGCAUACCAAAGAAACAAGUUUGCUUGACCAGUUUUGAGAAGUUCGAAUGCAGCCAGCAUGAAUGUGUACCAAGGCAGUUAAAUUGUGACCAGACACGGGAUCCUGUUUGUGACACAGACAGUGUGGAAUACACUAACUUGUGUACUUUGUAUCAAAAAGGAAAAAGUUUGGCAUACGGAGGACCAUGCCAGCCGUUCUGCAGGUCGGCAGAGCCCGUGUGCGGGCACGACGGGCAGACCUACGGCAGCGUCUGCGCCGCCUACGCCCAGCGCGUGGCCGUGGACUACCACGGGCACUGCCAGGCCGUGCGCGCGCUCUCCGACCACGGCUUCCACUCCGAGUGCGCCUUCGUCCAGUGUCCCCAGCUCUCUGCCACGGGCUGCAAACCACUCCUGGCACCAGGAGCCUGCUGUCCACUGUGUGCUGGAAUGCUGAGAAUCUUAUAUGACAAAGACAAGCUGGAUAAUUUUGCAAGGGUAACAAAUAAAAAGCCAAUAACAGUACUUGACAUACUUGAAAAAAUUCGCCUGCACGUGUCAGUGCCACAGUGUGAUGUGUUUGGAUACUUAAGCAUAGAAUCAGAAAUUGUGAUUCUCAUCAUUCCUGUGGAUCAGAACCCCAAACCAUUGCAGCAGGGUGGCAUGGAAGGGGAGAUGGCAGAGGUACCCUUUGUACACCCCCAGGAGAGGAUCAGCCACAGGGACAAUACCGGAUCAAGUAAAAGCAAGAGAAUUCUGGCUGAGUUCUGAGUCCAGCAGGAGCUAGCAUCUGAGUUCCAGAGUGGUAACAACAAAUCCCUGGAAUUAACUCCCCAGAGACAUAGUGGAGUCUCCCCAACUGGAAACUUUCAAGAUACAACUGGACAUGGUGGUAAAUGAACCAAAAGGUUGGACCAGAUGAUCUUCUGGAGCAACAGUGAAAUAUCUAAGUAGAAGUUCUCGUAAAAGGAUUUUUUUUUUUUGCGUGUCAGUUCCUAGGACAUUAAAGAACAGCCUUCGCUGAAGAUGCAGUAAUUCCUGAACUAGUGCAGUAAUCCUACCAUUACUUACAUAAAGAAAGGUUUUUAACCUUACAUUUUUCAUUAGAUUAUCAUAUAUAUGAGAACAAUUCUGAUUAUAGGUGUACAUAUAUAUGUAUGUGUGCGUAUAUAUGUAUUAAAAGACAUCUGUGAACUUAUAAAUUACUCUCAAGCUUGUAUUAACACAUACCUGUUAAUUAGAUUUCAGUCCGUUCUUAAAACAGAAUAAAUCUAUUCUUCUCCCAGUGUAUUCUCUGAUUUGCCCUCCUCAAAGCUGGAUUCUGCUUCGUUUGGCCAGGUCCAGUAAGAACAGUAACCUGAGCCAAAGGGUGUUGAUGCCUCUGUAACUCUGACACUCCUUCAUAAUUCCAUAGCUUCUUGAUGUAAAGAGCCACCCCUGUGUUUUUGCAAAUGCCUUCUGUUGUGCUUGGCAAGGUUUCUCAGUUUGUUUCUUUGUGCUCAGUUCGCAGCAUGAGCUGCAAUAUAUACAAAAGCUUUCAAUCUGUUUUAUGCAGUUCUGACUCUCCUUCUAAGCCAGCAUUCCUCUGCAACAGUACUGAACAAUCCUAGGGGGUUAAAUGAUUCAGUCAGUGGGUUAUGAUAUACAGCAGAACAGAAGCUCUCACCAGUGCUAAUGUGGCAGGUUUCAAAUUAAAGCCUACUCUUCAGCUUGUUGUUCUGCAAUUCUGCACUGUUUGCUGACAGUGGAAGAAAUGGAUGGGUUGUUUGGUGUAUAAAUUCACUUUCUAGACAAAUUUUAAGCCGCAGCAGCAGGAGCAACAUUCAGUAAAUAUAAAUAAAGAUAUAUUCAUAUGCACAUAUAUGCAUGUAUACACACAAAUAUACAUGUAUAUAUGCACAUAAAUAUGUCACAGUGCUCUGUAUCAGGCUUCGUAUCAGCCUCUUCAGGAAGAGCACAUUUGGCCAUUGUAGAGAAUUCAGGAAUUUAUUUUAGUAAAGAAUCGAAAUAUGAGGGGUUCAUACUUUUAAGUUUGAAUUUCCUGCACAAAUGGCAAUCAAAGAUGCAGGAUGACACUGACUUAUUACAUAGUUUAUACAUGGCGUUGUCUACAAACAACGGCUAAAAACAUACAAAAAGGUUAAAAAGGUAACUUUGGAUUGUUUCAUUUUUAAGUGCACUCAGCUGCAGCGGUUCAUUUUCCUCUGAGUUCACUCUGGUCCCUCCUGCUCAGCUUCCAAGUACCAGUGGAAUUGCUGGCAUGAGUCAGGAGCAGCCAUCAACCCCCAACCGCUGCAUGAUGUUCAGAGCUUCUGGCAUAACAAAGUUUAAAUAUUUGCAGCCAUUAAUUCCAUGCAGCAACUGAGGCUCCUGUCAGAAAGUCUGUGGCUGUAUUGUCGUUAGCAGUGGCUGUGGGCACCACCAGCUUCAUCCAGAUCAGAAGCAGGGACGUGUCUUGGCCAGAAAACAAGAUACAACAAGCAGCCCAUCUGGUUUUCAUGCUGGAAACCAAAUACUUUCAUACACAUAUUCCCUGUGCAUGUCUUGAAUAUGGCAGGUUGUGCAUUUUGCUUCUUUAACAGGCUUGAAGUGGCAAUAUAAACUCUGUAUCAGUAUCUCAUGACUCAGUACUUUCUGAAGUGCUGCUCAUAUCCAUAAUGCAGGACUUACUGUGUCCCAGUACCACGGCUUUAAGACUUUACUCAAGGCCCAGAUGAGUCAAACAAGAUGUAAGAAAGGCAAAUAUACACUUCCAAAGUAGAGAAAAUUAAGUCUAUCAUAUUUUCCUUUCUGGCUUUAGAACGUUUCAACAGGAGAAACAGUACAGGCAGGAAGAGUCAGAGGAAUGAAACCAUGUAACAGAAUGCUUAUCAUAGAGACUAGCAGAAAAGAGAGAUGGAAACCAUUUCCAUCCAGAAGUGAUGUAAUAAGGAUGUGCCAUCACAACCAACCUCACCAUAGACUUCCCAGCCCUGCUCUGGGAGAUGGCCAGGCAGUGCUGGUCACCGACCACAGCGUGAGAACAGAGCAGGCAAAGCUGUGGCCUGUGGCGGGGAGCUGAGUUACCCUUCUCCCAGAUCAGUCAGUUGUGAUGGCAAAGCAGCUAGCACAGUCCAGACUGUAACAACAGCGAUAGAUGGAACUGAGAUACUUUUCACUAUUCUGAGGAUUUUAGUCAAGUUUAAGUACACUCAAAAAUAUGCAAAGGCUUAACUACAAUCUGGUAACAAGCAUAUGUUAUGUUCAUGUGGAGAAGUUUCUCUUGGCAACUGUUUGAAAAACUUCAGAGACAAACAUGGGUGUGAGCAAGGGCCAGAGCCUCAGAAAUGCUCUUUGAACUUUUCACAUCAUUGUUGCUGCAUCGAGGGCAGGUGCAGUACAGAAAUACAGAAUGUUAGUAAUUACUGUGUCACCCAUAACCCAUCACAUCUUGUGUUCAUUUUCUUUUACUUAGUCAGAAGCAGCACACUCACAUUCGCCGUCAAGGAGUAAAUAAAUAGCAAAUACACACAAUUAUAAAAAGACUGAGUUAAUGUCACUGGACCACACUCUGCAAUAAAAAAAUUGUUCUGUCCUGUUGUCAGUGCUAAGUUUCCCAAACUGAAUAUUUCACUCAAGUUUCCCUUGUACAGCAGUGCUGUCCAUCAGCAGAUCAUGAACUGAUCCAGGUGAAGAUAAAGGCAUGGGCAGCAUGGAUGCAGCAACUGUGCCAUCCUUUGAUGCUCUGAUUAUUAAUAGCAGAGAAGUUUUCUACUGGAACAUAGCAGGAACAUCUUAGGAAAUAGAUGUGCAGCUGCUGCUGCUGAUCUUCCAUACAUUUUUACUGCCUGCUACAGCAGAUUUAUAACUACUUUACUGGCAGAUGCCCUUUUCCAAGGACUCAUUUGUUAUCUAGAACUGUUAGGAAAGGCAGACCCUGCUGGCAGCACAAGAGGCAGUGGACACAAAUGAGAAACCUCAAACUUCAUCUGAACCUCACUUUUACCAUGAGAUUAAAAACAGUGUUUGGCACAGGUUGCCCAGAGAGGCCAAAGGUAUUUUCCAUUGUUGAAGAUACUCAACACAUGAUGGGACACAGCCCUGAGCCCUAGGUGGCUCUGCUGCUUCCCACACCAAUAAUGCUGUAAUUCUGUAAUAAAGCUGAGUAGCUGAAAAGUACCACCAUACAUGCUAACCAUUUUGCCGGAUUCCUCACUUACCUUGCAUUUUUAAAAUGUAGUGAUUUCCAGUAUUUGAAUUUGAAUUCCGCAAUGUAUUUCCUCUCUGCAAGUUAAUUCUAGAUCAACAAUUCCAUUGCAGCAACACAUUAUCACAGAAGACAAGGUUGGAAAGAACCUCGGGCAUCAUCUGGUCCAACCUUACUUGGCAAAAGCAGUGUAAAAGAUGGCCCAGAACCCAGUCGAACUCAGCCUCAAAAGUGUCCAUUGCUGGGGAAUCCACAACUUUCUUCCCUGGAGAGAUUAUUCCAAUGACUGUUCUCAUUGAAAAAAAAAAUCCUCUUUCAUCUACUCAUAAUAAAUAUCAAAUAUUUUUGAAAUGUUUUACUUUGUGCAUCCAACCCACCUAGAGCCAUCCCACAGCGCUGUGCUGCAUCCAGCAGGCAGGUCCUUGACACCCUUGAAAAAAAAUGGCACUCACUGAGCAAGAGGGUUGAAUUCAUCCAGUCCUUCCCAAUCAGGAUAAAAGUGGUUACUAAACAUCCAGCAGCCCUCCUGGCUUGAAUGAGAGUUCUGUGCUUCACUUGGGUGAUUCAACCCACAAUUUAGUGACAAUAGUUAUGUUUGAAAAGAAUCAAGUGAGCUGAAAAUCCAUUCCAUACAGUAUUACUUAUUCCUGAAGAAUGUCUUCAUGUCUUCUCUCAUGUAUUAUGGCCCUUUCUGUGUUGUGAAAUGAAAGGUCUUGCCCAAAAUAUACAGGUUAGUAAAAGACUCUCAGCCAUAACCC